AUGCUAUCUCGUGGUCGGGUUCUCGCAGCAUUCGCAGUAUGCCUCAAUCAGGCAUCAUGCUCAUAUGUCAGCUCACUUUCAACCAAUGCUCAGGAAGUGCUCAAUCAGUCCAUGAGCUGGAUGGAUGGAUACUACGACAUUGAUGCUGGCUACCUCUACAGUCUGGAUGCUGCAGCUGCUCUUCGACACGACACUCGUAGCUCAGCUUGGUAUGCCGUUGGCCUAUUGGCAAGAAACCAAGGAGACGACGUCAACAAUGCCGAGAAGAUCCUGACCAACAUCGUUCAAGGACAGUAUAAAGAUCCUGCAGAGCAAUGGUUUGGUGAUUACCAGCAAGAGCCCGAGGAACCCUAUGUAGGAACCGCAGCAUAUCCAGCAAAAAUUUACAACUCGUGGGAUCCAAACUGGCGCGGCUUCGUUGGAACCACGUUCAUCAUCGGUCUAGAGGAGUUCUCACACCUUCUGAGUAAGAAUGUUACAGACCUCUUACUUGAAUCUCUACACAACUCCACCAUUGGCGACUCGUAUCGAGUCGGUGGUGUCGACGAUGACAACCUGUAUCCAGCUUACAGCAAUCCCUCGAUUAUGCGAGCAUUCGUGUCAGGCUGGACUGGACGUCGUCUCAAUGACUCAAAUUUCACCAUGGCCGGCGAACAGUAUGCCCAGGAGAUUGUUGACCUCUUCAACCGUGCUGAUACUCUAUCUGAGUUCAACAGCGGCACGUAUACAGGAGUAUCGCUCUUCGGGUUGACUCUCUGGGCCAAAUACCUUCCCGCUGACUCUAUCAUGACUCGCUACGGAGAACGCAUGAUCAAGGCUACGUGGGAUGCUGUUGGUCAAUUAUGGCAUCCUGAACUCAAGAACAUGGCAGGGCCCUGGGAUAGAUCAUAUGGCUUUGACAUGAAUAGAUACUUCAGUCUCAUGGCUCUGUGGUUCUGGAUCAUCAUGGGCAAAGACAAGUCAUCGCUCAUCUCUCGUCCACAAGUCAUGUCACACAGCGCCGACUUUGCUUAUGGACCUCUCUUUGCCAUAUUAGGCGAGUUCCAGUCAUCAAUGGUUCCCGAUGACGUUCUGGAGGCUUUGAAAAGCUUCAGUGGUGAACAUACUUUUACUUCUUCCACCUACUCCCCACCUUUCGAUACAUACCCACGAAAUAUCACGAGCUGGUUGGCCCCAAACAUCAGCAUUGGUGCUGAGACUUUUGACGAGAAUGUUGUUGGCGGACCGGCGAUCAACCCAAGCACUUUCAAUCCUGCUGUGAUACAGUGGAAUACUGGUGCUGGUAUCGGCUUCAUCACAUUACACGCCAGCGAAAACGCAACCACAGCUGUUGUCUCUCCAAAUCGCCUCGAACUAUCCUAUCCAUAUGGCAACAGCUCUUCAAUCUUCAGCCUUCUUGUCUCGACUUUUGCCAACAAGCGGAAUGUUGCAAGCUGGAAUGACAUUCAAGGUGCGAACGUCAGUGUCUCUACCAAUGCAGACGCAUCGUACGCAGUCACCUUCGCUGGCGCAUAUGGUGGUCAAGACACGGUGAUCAACGACUUUGAGUAUUGGAAUAUCAGCUACACCAUGCCUACUAAUUUCACAGGCGUUCCAAGGUUAGUGUUGGAUAUUGAGCUAUGGUGA